AUGAGACGUCCGGUCGGUGGUUUGCGGCGGCAAGCGGAGGCGGGCGCGGAAAGAAUGCGCCGUCCGUUUGUAUUUAAGCUGCCAGACGCGUCGAAGCCAUACGCAGAAACUCACGACGACUGCUCUCGAAUCCCGAAACGAAAGUUGCGAAAAUACAGUAUGCGCCCCGUGUGCUCCUUGAUCCUACUGUUUUGUCUUAUCGGCGUAGCCCAUCAAGUGAGUUUCUACCUAUAUUUAUUUCUGGGAAUUCACUUCAUUUCAUAAACGAAUAGAAUUUCUUGAGUUUUGGAGUUUCAUCUAGAUAUUCUCACACAGGAACAUAUUUAUUUUAACUCCUUUCUCUGUUUAAAGAGUAACAGUCUUAAUUGAAUUUUCUGUGACUCCGUUUUGUGAUUUUUCAAACUAUGAAAUGUUGGUUGAGAUAUUUUUCUUUUUCACCAGCUAGAGCUAUUCAUCUUAUAUCUCUGAAUUUGAUGCAAAAAAAUUUUUUUUUCCGUUUGUAUAUGUUUUUAUUUUGAAAUCAUCGACUAAAACGGAAUGUUCAUGAUUUUGUUAAACUUCAUCUUAAAUAAUAUGUUGAACAUCGUUGUCGAUAUUGUUUAAAAAUAGUUGGUCUCACAGGACUUAGAGUAACACUGAGAGCAGUUGAUCGCCUAAAAACCGUUGCAAAAUAUCUAGGAAAGGCUUCGAAUGAACUAGCCAAGGAUUUUAAAGCAGAAUUUUAGAAAAUAUUUUUGAAUUUAAAUUUGUUUAAUUUUUCUUGAGAUUGUUUAGUCCGUUCAGAUCUUCAUUGUCAAGUAGAAUGACGUCAUUCGAAUACGCUCUGUGGAUGGCUCGCUCUCUGAUUGGUUUAUCGCGCCAUUAGGGGAGGAGCUUGAGCGGCGACUUGACAUUCAAAAUCUGAACAGACUAUACAAUCAUAAAAGUUUUUUUGGAAACUUUGUGAGCUUGGCGAUAGAGAGAAAAAGACUAAAUAGUUGUUUCAGAUUGGCAACUUGCCCGGAAACGGCUGACAUUUUCUCUGAAAGUAUUUUUAAUUAGUUCUCAAGUUUAGAAACGUUUCUUCUAUCAACAGUUUUUUUCUAAUUUAUUUGAUUUUUGGGCAAAAAAAUGGUUUGAAACAACUAGCGGACUCUCCAGGGAAUGAACAUAAAGAAAAGGUGUUUGCAAAACGGAUCCGACCGAUGGUCAAGCGGUCAGAUGUCGCCGCGACAUCUGAUCUUUCUCCGCUUCGCGUUUUUUUCUUUUGAUCUUAAGAGCCCAGCGGCUGGUAUCGGAUCCGACAUUGUGAUGCUUUUCUCCGUGUUCUCUAAGAAAGUCUAAACAAACCGACUCUAAUUGCGGCUGCGCUAAUUGUUGGCGAAAGAAGUUCAAAAACCAAAAGCUGUUCAGAGUCUUCUGACGCGAGCAAAACGGCAAUGUCCAUGUGCCCAGCUGUCUCAGUCCAAGUGCAACUGCCAAGCGGCUUCCGGCGGCGUCCAACGUUGCCAGUGCUCCAACCCUUCGCGUCAAUCGUCUUCCUCCUGUAGUUGUGCCACUCAGGUAUUCAAAUAAUGUUUGGGAAGACGAAGGCAAGGCAAAUCCAACUACAGGCACAGGCGUCGGUGUGCGAACCGACGUGUCAGAAGACGUGUGUCAGCUCUUGCGUGCAGGCGAACCAACCGUUGCCAGCCUGCCAAAGUACUUGCAAGUUCACCUGCAACAAGGCCUGCAGCAAGAUCUUCGGCAAGCAGCAGCCCUCCUCCGUACCCGGUCCGAUCCGCGUCGUCGUCGCCCAGCAGUCGAACCCCUCGCGUUGUCCCGCCGCUUGUGCCCAGUCCUGCGCUCAGUCCUGCUCGGCUCAGCUCAAUCCGAACUCCUGCAACGGAAUGUGCCAGAGAAGCUGCGAAACCUCCUGCAUCCAGACCGCUGUCUCCAUCAACGUCAAGCAAUUCAUUCAAACCUCGGUAUGUUCGUUUUUUCAAUUCGUACUUUUUAAAGUCAACUUUGAGAUCAGAUAUGAGUUCCAAUCAGUUCUAGAAUUUUUAAUUAUCGAUUUAUCAAACUUCUGAACUCUCGAAAAAUUUUCAUAUAAUUUCCUUCCCACUAUUUUGAUUGUCCAAAAACACUGAAUUUCAUAACCACUCUCUUUUUGGAUGUGUACUCACCAGUAAGAGAGAAGUAAUUGAAUGGAACACAAAACAAAACACCUCAGGAAAAACAAACCUAUUUUUGAGACUAAAACUUACUAAAUUGCUAGAAUAUGUUUGGAAAAAUUUCGCUCUAGAAUUUCAAAAGAACAGAAAAUUGAUAAUAGAAGGAAGUUUUUGCGGGAAUAAGCUGUAUGCUUUCUCUCAAGUUGCUUUCCGAACCAAAACCUACCUUCAUUCAAAUUUUUCUACACAUCGUUUUAAUUUUAGACAAAAUUUAGACAAAUGAAAAGAAAGUUUUCCCAAAGCCUUUCAACCGACGGCUCAUUUUCGCCGAGUUUCAGACAACGACUCCGGCUCCAAUCGCGCAAUGCGAGCCAGUCUGUCAACCGGCGUGCGAGCCACAAUGUAUCCAAGCUGCUCAGCAGUACGAGAUCGUCAUCCAGCAAUCUUCCCAACAGCCUCAGCAAUGCGUUCCGCAGUGCCAACCGCAAUGUCAGCCUCAAUGCACGCAACAGUACGAGAUCUCCAUCUCGCAACUCGCCACGACUUCUGCCCCGGCUUCGUGUAUCCAACAGUGUCAGCCGUCCUGCCAGCCGACGUGCAUCCAGGCCUACGCAACAACGACGGAAGCGCCGAAGACCUGCGUCCCCGCCUGCAAGCCAGCCUGCGAGACCCAGUGCGUCGUCUCUCAGAUCGUCCUCACCAUGCAGCUCGCCAAGUCCCAAGCCCAAAACAACGACUGCGUUCCGCAGUGCCAGCCGGCCUGCGAGCCUAGCUGCACUCAGGUCCAGAUGUCCUUCACGCUUGCCCCUGUCUUGACCGCCACUGAAGCUCCUUCUCAAUGUGCUCCGGUCUGCCAGCCUGAGUGCACCCCGCAGUGCGUCCAUCAAACGGUUCUUAUCUGUUUAUUUUCAAGGAAAAAUAGAAAAGUCUGCUCUAACCCCGCACGGAUAUGGCUCGAAAAAAAAUCCCAGUGUCUGAAAGGAAAAUUGGAUUGUUCCUUUUUUAUUGAAUACGUCAUGAACGAGAAGAAAUGUUGUUUCCAAUGAGAUGAUCAGGUUUGCAGAGCCCGAGCAAUUUCCAGUUGAACGUUCAAUUCCAACAAUCUCAGCAAGUAGAACAGGUCUGAAAAAAUUCAUGUAUCCUGUAAUCGAAAAAUUCCCUUAAAAAAACUCUCGCAUUUUCAAACUUUAAAAACUCUGAAUCCAGCCAAGAUUUAUGAAUAGAAUAUAAUGAGAGUUUUAAUAGAUAUUUUUUAGAAUAAUUAUAAAAAUUCUCCUUGGCCUCUUGAAGUAUGCGUACCAAAUUCAAUGAGUUAUAACAGUAAGAAGGUUGAGAAGUUAAUGUGAAAAAUAUUUGAAUUGAAAACUUCCUUUGAGUUAUAUUUGAAGACUUCUAAUUGUGUUCAGUUUUUUUCUCUUUUGUUACAAAAAAGGUUUUUGCAGAACACAAACCAAUGCAUUCCUCAAUGUCAGCCGGCGUGUGAGCCUCAAUGCAUCCAGCAGCAGACGCAGUUCCAAGCGGUCGUCCAACAGACCGCCACUCAAGUGGUAGUGCCGCGACUCCGAAACUGUGAAUGUGGAUAUAUUUUCAGCAGAAAGACUGCAUUCCGCAGUGUCAACCCGCCUGCGAACCGCAGUGUCUAGAACAACAGGUCGUUUUCAAGUUCGGAAUCCCCGUGCAACAGACCCAGUCCUGUGUCGCAGCGUGUCAGCCGGCCUGCGAGCCCCAGUGUGUCCAGCAACAGGUAUAUUAUCAUCGAGGCAUCUUUUUCGGUCGAACAGGAAAAGGGAUACAGAUUGAAUAUUUACCCAUAGAGCGAUCAUGUAAAAUCGUUUGAUCUUUGCAGUCAAUAUCUGAAAAGUUCUGUAUCGAAUUGGAAAAUUUCAGCUUUGAGUAGAAAUUCGAAUUGAAGUCUGUAACUUAUGAUCUCAGAAAAUUCGUUCGAAAUGAUCCAAUUAAAAAUACAAAAUGAAAAAGCAACCGUUUCGGCCUUCAGAGCUCUGACUGUUCCUUUACAAAAAAAAUCUGAUUCUUUGCAAAUAAUCGUGGGCACUUGAACAACACAAAAGUAGCGAAAAUAUCAUAACAAAGAGGCGAAAUAAGAACAAUAAUUUCAAAGUAGUUUGAUAUGAACUGUGGGUACAAUUUUCUAUCAGGAAAAGGCUUGACCGACUAAUAAAUAAAGUUUCUUUUUUUAGAAGUUUUUUUGUAAGGGUCUUACAGGUUUUUCUUUCUAAAUAUCACUACGAACGUUUGUAAUAUUGAUUUUAAGUCCGAUUUCCGUUUGCAGGAUCCUCAGUUCUCCGUGCUCAUCCCCCUUAGCUUGCCGACUCAAAACGACCCCUCCGACUGCGUUCCACAGUGCCAGCCGGCUUGCGAGCCCAGCUGCACCCAGUUCUCCUUCCAGAUGACCACGACUGCGGCUCCUUCUUCGCAGUGUCCAUCUGCUUGUCAGCCCGCAUGUGUCCCGCAGUGCGUUCAGCAGUACAACAGCAACAUUCAGCAGGUCCCAAAAAACUCCGAAAAAUCUGAAAAAAGACGCAGUUUAUUUCUAGGCUCCGUCUCAGAGCAGCCAAUGUGCUCCCCAAUGUCAGCCUGCAUGUGAGCCUCAGUGCACUCAAACCUACUCUACUCCUCCUCAACAGGUAGGAAACAAGUUUCUUACACUGAUAGAGCAAAAAUGAAAAAAGUUUCGUUUCUAUUUUCUAGGCAUGGUAGGUAAAAUAAACAAAAGAAUAAUUGUUAAAUCUGAGAUUUUUUCAAAACAAGCUUCCAAUUUUUUCUAAAUCAAAAAGCGAGUAUAAAUUCUUAUUCCGCAAAGUUUAAAAAUCUGGAACUCUAGUGACUGAAUGAACUAUUUUAAAAAAAUUAUAUCACUUUUUAGGUUAAAUAAAAAGUUGAGAUGCACCUUAAAUUUUUUUUGCUUGUUCGAAAAAAAGCUCAAUCGAAACUUUGCUUUUUGUUUUGCUGGAGUUUCAAGUUUUCAGGCGAAUUGAUAAGAGAAGAAGUUUAUUAGAGCGAACUAUAUAAAAAGGGAAAAAAUGGAUCGGGAGAAAAAAAAAAUGCAAGUCUCGAAGUUUUCAAUGAAGAAUAAUUUCUAAUGAUGUGAUUUAUUUGCAUUUUUACCAAACUUCAGCCGCCGCAGCAGCAGUGCGCCUCGGCUUGUCAACCAUCUUGCGACAGCAAAUGUACUCAGAACUACCAGUUCGAGAUAGUGAUCCCCCAGGUAACCGAUCUUUGAGACGAGAAGUAAAAGCGCAACAGGCGAUGCCGGACAACGGCUGCAUGCCGGCCUGUCAGCAGUCGUGUCAGUCUUCCUGCGUCCAACAGAAUCAGCCGCAACAGAAAUGCACAGUCGCCUGCGAGGACUCGUGCCAUGCGACCUGCGUUCAGAUGGCCGCUUCUACCACCCCUUGUCCCACCUGCGCUCAGUCCCAGAACGAGUUCCGCCUCGAGAUCAUCCUGCAGGAUCCACUUGAGGUGUCCUAACAAGCAAUUGGAGUCAAAAUGAGAACGAUUGCAGGAAACGGUUACCUGCGCUCCUCAAUGUGCCAACCAGUGCACGCAACAAUGCAAACAACAGGUAAGAAUUCUGAAAAAUGGACUGGAAAAUACUGAUUUUCGCAGGUACUGAACGGCGAGCAGUGCGUCAACGCUUGCCAGUCUGCCUGUAAACAGAAUUGUCCUCUUCAGGUCCGUUUCAACGGUUCUUCCGGAUGAUUGAGUCAGUUGUAGGUUGAACCAUGUCCUCUCCGGUCAGGAAAGUGCAGUUGUCAAAAGAGCUUCACCGCCUGUGGAACCAAUCAGUGCUGCCGUCGCCGUCGCCGAUGA